CAGCGAAUGAGGCUGAGUAGCCGCCAUAAGGCUCUCUCCGGAGUUCUCUUUGUGGGUUUUCCUGGCUUGUUCGUUCGACAAACAGACCUCCGCGGACAACACUAGAAACUCCACCGCAAUUUGCUUCUGUGGAGGAACUGGAGGGUCGAUGAUGUUAUUGUCUUUUCUCUUUUGUCUCCCCUACAUGAUCGUCCUUCAGAACCUUUCAGAAGACUUUCAGAAUGCUUUAAGUGUCCACUCGGGAUGGGGUCGUGUCAGCCCAUUCGGCGGCUCCCAAGCACACAGCAACACAUACUCCAAUCACAACUCAUCCGGGAACUUGGCGAUGGAUGCCCGGCUCUCGAACCCCUGGAUAGAACACCGGACGAAUUUCUAUCGAAUUUCUAGCGUCAGCCUAACCGGUAGGGAUGUUUGCUUCACUUUGAUCCUGCGCAAAAUAAAAUCUCUCACCCACUUUUCCUGCUUCCUAUCUCGUCUGCGUCGUCCUCCGCCCUUGGCACGACUUGGUCUAUUGCAGACAAGGUUAGCGGAAAGUCUUGGUGAUGACAUAGUAUCCUGGGGGGAUCCGCUUGUCGUUUGACGUUCGAUCAUGAUGCAGUGCGGAAUUAAGACUCCUGCUUCUUGUGCAUAUAAAGACGUAUAUCCCGAUGCUUUCAGUCCUUGGCUUUACCUUCUUUGUUUUACGGACUUACUCGACAAAGUAACCCAACUGACCUGACCAUG